AUUGACUAUAUACCGAGUGAUCUUUUGUGUUGCUGAUGUAGACCUUGACUGUACUAUACAAGACACGCUCAGGAUGUUGUCUGCAACUAUUCGACACGGCGCUCGUCGCCAGGCGCUCAAUGCCCAUCGCUAUUUCAGCUCAUCGACAAACAAGUUAGCUGCUGCCGAGGUUAAGAAAUUGGGUGUUAUUGGGGCAGGACAAAUGGGUCUUGGUAUUGCUUUAGUAGCAGCUCAAAAAGCAGAGAUACCCGUCGUCUUGAUAGACAAUUCGGAGGCCGGUUUACAAAAGGGACUCAGAUUUGCCGACAAACUCCUCGACAAAGACGUCUCCAAAGAGCGCAUCUCCCGCGAAGCCGCCGACCAAGCCCGCAACCGCCUUAUCCCCAGCACCAAACUCGAUGACCUCUCAGACGUCGACUUUGUUAUCGAAGCCGUCCCCGAAAUCCCCGAUCUCAAAGCCGCCAUCUUCUCUCAACUUGCGGAAAUAGCACCCAAACAUGCCAUUCUGGCUACAAACACGUCUUCGAUUUCAAUCACCAAGAUCGCCGCAUCAACAACCAAGGAUCCCAACGAUCUCCAGGCUCCUUCUCGUGUCGUUUCUACGCAUUUCAUGAAUCCCGUGCCAGUCCAAAAAGGCGUUGAAAUCAUCUCUGGAUUGCAAACAUCCGCCGAAACUCUUGAGACGGCUCUCGAAUUCGUCAAGCGCAUGGGCAAGAUCCCGGCUGUCUCUGCCGAUGCGCCGGGAUUCCUGGCCAAUCGCAUUCUUAUGCCGUAUAUCAAUGAGGCUAUUAUCUGUCUGGAAACCGGAAUCGGUCGCCGGGAAGACAUUGAUAGUAUUAUGAAGUACGGCACAAAUGUGCCGAUGGGUCCAUUGACUUUAGCGGAUUUUAUUGGCCUUGAUACUUGUCUUGCUAUUAUGAAUGUUCUUCAUACAGAGACUGGAGAUAGCAAGUACCGGCCGUCAGGCUUGUUGAAGAAGAUGGUUGAUGCCGGUUGGUUGGGUAAGAAGAGUGGUAAAGGAUUUUAUGAGUAUUGAUGUGUUUGACGACUAAAUGAUAUUGUGGCAUCUGAGCUAUGUAUUAUAGAGGGUAUCGCAGAGUUGAACUAUGAAUGUCUAGGUAUGUCGAUGUCCAAGACAU